CCCAUUUCUUUGCGCCACAGAACAGAACAGAACAAUGCACUGCAGUUGAAACGGACUUAAGGGGGGAAUAUUUGAAGACACUCAUUGUCUACAUGUCCAGUGAAUAUCUGCGACUGCUCCAGAUACUGUCUUCUCAAAGCAGAGUAUUAGGAUCUGCACAAUCAGUCAGAUCCAGGGCCCAGCCUGCUGACCCUUCCCCCGGAUACCUGCUUUGGCAACCUCCCGCAUGUUGCAGCAUAGGGCGACGGCUGUGGACCUACGAGACAGUACAAUUUUACUGCGACGGAAGCUCUUUCAGCGGUCUUCAUGACACCUCCUAAUCAUGCCGCGCCAUUCGAGCCUCCAGACCACCCAUUGGCCCCCUCUUCGUUGAGGAUAUCGAAGAUACGAGGCUCCCUAGACACACAAUCGAUGGCCUCUGUAUCAACAUUGCCAUACAGAGCCUCCAAUGCGUCCGUCUCCUCCCUCUUCGCCUCAACCUCAACACCGUCUGGCUCGAGAUCCGUUUCACCCAGUGGGGCUGGCACCCCUUCGCGAAUGCUUUCUGGAUCUGUCUUUGGUGGAUUGGGGACUCCGGGGGAACAGGUAUCACCAGCAGACCGGCCAGAGGACCCUCGAAACCUCAUUUUACAAGCAUUCGUGCCUCAUAUCGCCAUUCACACUUCCUCGGAUACAAGAGAAUUGGUGAAGGACAAGGGCUUUAAGGAUGGGUUAUGGGAGCUACUCCGACCAUUUGGGGAGAGGAUACAAGGCAAAGUUACUGUGCGGGAUAGCAUAGGGGCUGGCCGAGCGUUCGAAGACUUUACCGUUCGAUUUGUCGAGCUCAACGAUGGACUUGAAAUACCAGAUGCUAUACCGAGCUCAAGGAAAAGUCAGGAAGGGAAGGUUCUAGCCGCCAAUGGCAACAAGUUAUCUCCAGACGUUGCUCGACGAGCUCGGACUGGAGGAGAUAUCCAAGCCAUUGAGACCCUGGUCGAUCGACAUCUGGCUUACUCUGAAGACUUCCCAAGCAUAAAUGGGGAGGACUACCUAAACUUUCGCGAUGGUGGAGAGAGGAACCCAAACAUACCAUCACCGUUCUACACAUUAUACCUCCGAAGGUUACUUUCAGGGAUGCCUUUGGCGCCUCACGAAACCUUCUCCCAUCCAGUGGCAUGUGUAAUUGCUAUCAGUUCUCGAAAUCCUAGUCCCAUUGAAACUUUAAGAAAGUUGUAUGACGAAUCAAGCUUUGGAGACAAGCGCUUACCACUUUGGGUCAAUACUGAAUAUCUGCGGUAUUAUGUAUUGGUUCAUGACGAAGAACGAGAUGACAUUGCGAAAUCUAUGACUUUAUUCGAGCAGAUGAAGCGGCAUUUCGGACUACACUGUCAUCUUUUGAGACUUCGAAGUUCUCAGUGUGUCGCCACGGACGAUGAUAGUAUUCCGCUCCCACGCUGUGAAUGGUUGACAGCUUCUGAGGAGAUAGCGGAGAUUGAGGCGAGGGAAGUAGAAGAAGACCCUGAAGAUUCAGUCCCGUGUAUCUACGAAUCAGAUACCACUGCUAUCAAAACUUUCAUCAGAGAAAUGGUCACCCAGUCUAUUGUCCCUUCAAUGGAGAGAUCUGUAGCUACUUGGAAUGACCAAGUUGCAUCUAGGCGGCGAGGCUUCACUGGCCGCAUCACCAACAUGACGAAGAAAUGGUCCGUCUUUGGUGGCAAUUCGCGAGCAUCGUCGAACGGAGCCGGAUCAUCUGGGUCCAGUAGUAAUUACGAUGGAUUGCAAGGCUUCUAUCGACCAGAAACGCCUGAAGCACUGAUGCGGAAACUGGCAGACUAUGCUUUCAUGCUCCGAGAUUGGAAGUUGGCGCAGUCGACGUACGAAUUGCUUCGCUCAGAUUUCAACAACGAUAACGCGUGGAGGUAUCAUGCAGCUGCAAAUGAAAUGGCUGUAAUAAGUACCCUCAUGAGCACAAGUGCUUUGAGCUCCAAGAUUCGAUCAGAAACCAUCGACAAAAUGCUGGAGCAAGCCCAUUACUCUUACAUCACCCGGUGUGCAUCUAAUUAUGGGGCGAUACGCUCUUUGACACUUGGUAUGGAGCUUCUUAGGCUUCGCGGCGGCUCAUCUUCAGAAGAUGCAGCGAGAUGGGGCUUGAAGCUAUUAGAACUGAAGGUCGUACCCGUCGUGGGUGAUGCUUUAGUCAAGGAACGCGUUUCUAUUUGCUACGCUUCCAAGAAGGGUGCAGGAAGUGGACAAUGGGGCGCUAGAACACGGAAAUCUGCAAUGUGGAGUAUUCGAGCCGCGGAUGCUUGGCUUACACUUGGAAAACCUCAACAGUCGAAGCAACGUCUGGAUGAAGCUAAAGCGAAAUAUGCAUCCCUCCUUCAACCUGAUAGUAUCAAGAGUUUUACGGCAGCGAACACCUUCUUGCAGUCUUUAGAGCGAGAAGUUCAGCUUGCAUUGUAUCCAGAAUCCGGAAUCGAAGGUCCAGGAGGAAUGGAUGAUUUGAUUGAUACAUCGAUAGAGGAGGAGAGCGAAGCUUUCAGCUCAAGACCCCAUCGACGAAGUUUAAUGUCCGGAACAGCUCCGGUCAUUAGCGGCUUGGGGAAUGCACCAUUACACGGUGACUUGUUAGGAGAAGAGGAGACAGGAAACCCGACUCUUCAAUUUGAAUGAGGCCUUUCACGUUGGAAGCGGAUCUGAACAUAUCAUCUUUGAGCGGCUACAUGGUUGGGAAGAGCAUUGGGACGGCGUUUGGUGUAAGAUGAUUGGCUGUAUACAUAGCGCCUCUAAGAACAACUUAUCCAUCAUCUGCUGAGUGGAAGGGCUGUAAUGGUCCUCGUCAGGUAUGCAGAUUAACGAAGAUAGAGGAUCUUGAAAUGCAAGGAAACUCGACGUUAACCCCUUAAAUUGUCGCUUAAAUGAAGCUCAAAGUGUUCUAUUCUUUGCCCGACAAUUUGAUGGGUAAAAGCUGGGAAUCAUAGCAUAGGUGCUUCCAAUUUACAAAGUUUAAGACUG